CUCGACAUCCGAAGUUUUCGACUUACGAACGACAAAAAUGGCCGCACGCUUACGAAUUUUUCGACAUCCGAACGGAAACCGUUGGCGGUUUAGAUGCGGUUUCCUCAACUUACGAAUUUUUAGAUGCGGUUUCCUCGACUUACGAAUUUUUCCAGACCUCCGUGGGUACGCUUUUCGACUUACGAAAUUUUCGACCUACGAACGUGCAUUCGGAACGGAUUAACUUCAGGGAAGGAGGAGCUGCAAGGAAGGAGCUGUCCGGAAGGGGGCAGUGGUGGAGUACAGUUUCGCUCUGCAGCUUCGCCAUUAAACCAGAGUGGAAGAGAGGGAAGGGGAGAAGAAGAAAAGGCUAAUGGGGGGGAAAUAGGGCUGGGAGCUUUUGCAGAAAACAGCUCGUUCAGGAAGCUGCAGGCUCCCGCUUUCCCCUCUUCUCCAGCGGGGUGUUCCGAAGGCACCACCAGCAGGGCCUCUCCUUGAACCGGCUCGGACUGAGCCCCGCGCAGCUGAUCCAGCCCCAAGAAGGAGGAAUUCCUCUUGCAAAUCAGGGAUACCCUCCGGGGAAGGAAGGCAGGAGGCCACUGACCAUUUCAGCUCUUUUGUUCCUAAGCCACUCCCAACAACCCUAAGACAAGGUCAGCCUCUAGGAAUGAUUCGAGGCCAGCCAAGAAGGCAAAACACCUCUUUAUGUUUCUAACGUGAACAGGAAUUGGAGGAGGAGGGGAGUGAGGUUUCUGUUGCCAGCAAGAUUAUUCUGCCCCAGCUCUGCAUUUCCACACUUGGGAUCUCACAGCCAGGAUGGACAUGGAGGAACAACUUGCAAGUCCAGAACUAGAAAGUGAGUCAGAAGGGGCAAGAAAACCCUCCAGUGUGGUUCAGUGUGAAUGUCUGAAGGAGCGACCUGGAUGGAGAGUAUCUCAAGAGGUCAAAUGGGAGCCGUGCAAGGGGGUACAACAGCAUUGGGAGACCCAGUGGCAGGAGUUCCUGAAGGCAAUGCAGGCGCCUCACGCGGCAUGGGGGAGCCCGCCUCUGCUGUCAGAAGCUACGCCAUGGGACGAUGCCAAGGCCUUUCUGGCCUCCUUUGAGCAAGUAGCGGAAGCUUGCCAGUGGCCUCGAGAAGAAUGGGCAACCCGGCUCCUGCCAGCCCUUAGCGGAGAAGCCAAACAGGCCUUUAGCAUCCUCGAAGCCAGAGACAGGGAGGAUUAUGGGAAGGUGAAGGCUGCCAUCUUGCGAGGGGAUGCAAUCAAAAUGGAGGUGCAGCGCCAGCACUUCCGGCAAUUCCGCUUCCAGGAGGUGGAAGACCCACGGAGGGUUUACAGCCAACUCCAGGAGCUUUGCCGUCAGUGGUUGAAGCCGGAGAAGCACACGAAGGAGCAGAUCCUGGAGCUGCUGAUCCUGGAGCAGUUCCUGACUGUUCUACCACAUGAGCUUCAGAACUGGGUCAGGGAAGGGAGCCCUGAGAACUGUGCCCAAGCAACAACCCUGGUGGAAGAUUUCCUGAUGAGUCAGCAAAAUAUUGGGACUUGGAAAUGGCAGGAGCCAUUGCAGGAAAUAGCUGGGGCUUCUUUGGAUGCUGAGGGGAUUUCCUCUGAUGCUGAUGAGAGAGAGGUUUACAAAGAAGCCAAGGAGAGCGGCAACGGAGAUAUCCAUAUGCUGGGCAGUGGAGGCAAAUGUCCCAGCCAUUCUGAUAUCUCGCCUUCUCCUGAAGGACAGGAAACUGCCAAGACUCCACUGACUGAGGAACUGAUGAGCCUCAAGGAGACAGGCGUGUCUUUGCACAUGGUGGAACGGACUCCAGCACAGCCAGGUCAACAGACCAUGUUCUGGCAAGUCAUGCAGGAGAAUGGUGGGAAUGCACAGUCUUUGGAGGGACUUCUGGUUCCCAAACCUGACCUGGCCUCCCAUCCAGAAAAAACGGAGGAGAUGUUUCUUCAGUUUCCCAUGCAAAACGAGAGACACCCAGGCCAUGAUGCAGGUGAUGAGAAGAAAAGGCAACUCAAGAUGGAGGACCUUCAGCAAGGAGAGUUGGGGAUGUUAGAAGAAUUAUCGCAAUGGAACUUUCCCACGACGGUUGCUAUUCGUGAGCAAAGAUGUGAGUCCGAUUGGGAAAAGGGAAAGAAACCAGUGGAGGGCAAGAACAAAUCCAAUGACCUCUCUGAGGGUCUUUCAACUUCCAUACCUGAAACCUCUGCAGUGCCCUCUCAGGCAGAAAAACCCUUAGUCUCCAAGUAUGGUAGAAGAUACCACUACAGAUCAGGACUUGUUAUGAAAAAUACUGGAGAGGACCACUUUGAAUAUCAGGUGUGGGGGGACAAUUUGCAGCAAACGUCAUACCUUGAUAAACAUCAGAGAAUCCAAGCAGGAGAGAAACCUUUUGAAUAUCCUGAGUGUAGGAAACACUUCAGGCAGAGAGAAAACUUGAUGAGACAUCAGAAACUCCAUGCUGGAGAGAAAUCAUAUGAAUGUUCUGAGGGCAGGAAAGGUUUCCAUCAAAGAGAGAAUUUGUUGAGACGGAUUCAUGCAGGAAAGAGACUUUAUGGCUGUCCUGAGUGUGGGAAAAGCUUCCUGACUAGAGGGACAUUAAUCAGGCAUGUGAGAAUCCAUACUGGAGAGCGACCCUUUGAAUGCUCUCAGUGUGGCCAAUUCUUCAGUCAGAGAGCUCAUCUGAUGAGACAUCAGAGAAUCCAUACAGGAGAAAAGCCUCACCAAUGCCCCGAGUGUGGGAGAAGCUUCUCUCGGAGCGAUGAGUUGAUCAGACACCAGAGAACUCAUAGACAAGAGACAUAUUAUGAAUGUCUUGAGUGUGGGAAAUGCUUUGGUCACAAAGGCACACUGGCUAACCACCAGAGAAUUCAUGUGACAAGAACAGAAGCAAGAUCAAGGUGGAGAACUCCCAGCAGGCUUCCUUACUGUUCUUCUGGAGUAAAGACACAGAGGGAAGCAGAAGGCAGGGGGCAGGGGCCCAUCUUCACUUUUUGUCCGAGGGCCCACUCCAACCUUGCUAUGCCCUGAUCAAUAGUAAUAUCCAGAAAUCAUUUAAUGCACAAUCCUGUUGAGAAUUCCCUUGUUCCACUGAGCAUCUUAUCAAAAAGAAAAGAAUCCCACACUGGCCCCAUUCAAACAUUAUGUGGUACAAUUGUACAGCUAUCUGUACACAGAUACAUGUUUUCUGUGAAUUACUCUGUGUUCAUUUAAAAAUGAACCUCAAAUGCAUGGUAGAGACAGGAAGUGUACCGCUGUACCUUGUAUUUAUAAUCUGUGUUCAAAAAAUCAUGUGAAUAACUGUACCUGUGUACACAUAUGAAACUGUAUACACUGUACAAUUGCAAAAGUGUUGACCUUAAUGUGUGAACAGGGCUACUGAGAAAGACAUUUCAUAAUUGUUUGGUCAGAAGCCAGGUGCAAUGUAUGGCGCAUGUGCCAAUUAUCUGGUAUGACCCUUCACAUGGUUAUAGUUUGUCAGCUGUGUAUGGAUGGUAAUUUACAGAGUUUUAGAAGCCAAAAAUACACAGGUCCUUGCCCCCCAAGGAAUUUACUAUUUAAAAUCUAUGUAUUGCUCCCUGUAAAGUUGAGACAAGCAGCACCUUCAAACAGUAGUUUUGUCAGGAGGGCUCAUUAAGUCCCAUUUACAGCAAAACAACAACCUGUAAGUCCCAUUUAAAGUAAACCCUGCCCCACCGCCCCACAAGCACACCAAGAGCUCAUUAUGGACUAGAUGUUUAUGGGUGGGGAAGAGAGAUGUUUAAUAGCUUUCAUAUUUUGAUUUCUUUUUACUUAGUUGAGUGCUUUUGUAUUCAUGUAUAUCAGAAAAAGAAUAAAUGAGGGUGUUUUGUUUUGUUUUGAAAACUGUAUUUACCUGAAUCCAAGACUAGGUUUUUUCCAUUAUUUGAUGUUAGAAAUCAAGAGAUCAUCUUAAAUUCAGAGUCCUCUUCCUUUUGAGUAAAUAUACAUAUAAGCUGUAUUUAACCUCUGUUUUUUAAAAUAUGUUGUCUUAAAUUCAGAGUCAUCUUGUAUUAGGGUAAAUACGGUAAUUAUAGUUGGUGAAAUGGGAAAAUUAGAUUGAGAUGGAGGGAAAUGUAUUGGAUGUAUUGGUACAGGGGCUAUUGCAGUGUAGAACCUCCUCUGUGUAAACUAUAUUUUGAUUUCUAGUUUUAAGACACUAACAACACUUCUCCACUCAGUUAAUUACAAUGUAAAUCAGUGGGCAGGCAUUGUCUCCCUGUGUUUUACCUUUUUAAACCGCUUAGAUUUUCUCAGCACGUCGUAAUUAAUAAUUUAAAAAUGUCAAUAAAGUCUUGGAAUACCAAAACCUA